AUGGCUGCUGCUUCGGUCAGGCAGUGGGGUGUGACUCCCCCGAUAUCAACUGCGUUGCCCACCCCAUCAGAGAUCGCCGCAAACGACGACCUAACGACGGAGUUGAAGCAACAAAACAAUUUCGAAUCCCCAUCAGAGACUGAGAGGAGAAAACAGACAUUGCACUUAAUCCAACGGGUGACUGUCGAGUUCGUUAAGGUAGUCAGUCGGCGCAAGGGUUUGUCUCAGGCGGCUAUUGAUAUAGCGGGUGGGAAGAUAUUUACGUACGGUAGUUAUCGGCUAGGCGUAUACGGCCCAGGAUCUGAUAUCGAUACGUUGGUGGUUGGACCGAAACAUGUCUCAUUCGAAGAUUUCUUCUCCGAUUUUCCUCCUCUUUUAGAGCAGAUGGCCCCCAAAGGCGCCAUUGAAAAAUUAACUCCUGUUCCAGAUGCCUUCGUUCCGAUUAUCAAGAUUGAAUUGUCCGGCAUCAGUAUCGACCUUAUCUAUGCACGCCUACUAGUACAUUCUGUGCCGUUGAAUUUGGACCUGAAGAACAAAGAUUUGCUACGUGGGCUGGAUGAGAAAGAGAUACGAUGCGUUAACGGAACACGAGUGACUGAUGAGAUUUUAGAACUCGUUCCCCAACAGAAGACAUUUCGACUCGCAUUACGCGCCAUAAAGCUCUGGGCACAACGGCGAGCGAUCUAUUCGAACAUCGUAGGAUUCCCUGGAGGAGUUGCAUGGGCAAUGCUAGUCGCCAGAGUCUGUCAACUUUAUCCCCAAGCUACCGGAUCAGUGAUCGUGGGGAAAUUUUUCCGCAUAAUGAAUCAGUGGAACUGGCCCCAGCCAGUGUUAUUAAAGCCAAUAGAAGAAGGCCCUCUCCAAAUGAAAGUCUGGAACCCAAAAAUAUACCACGGCGAUAGAUAUCAUCUCAUGCCCAUCAUCACACCCGCAUAUCCAUCCAUGUGUGCAACGCACAACGUCUCAUUGUCCACUAAAGCUGUCCUUCUUCGUGAGUUAAAACGCGGUGGGGAUAUUGUUGACAAAAUUUUCCUUGGGCAGUUGACCUGGAACGACCUUUUCACCCGCCAUACCUUCUUUUCCCAAGAUUAUAAGUAUUACCUCAGCAUAACCUCCUCGAGCAGGGGCAAAGAAGCACAAUCUGUGUGGUCCGGACUUGUGGAAUCCAAGUUACGACAUUUAGUGGGUGCGCUUGACAGGAAAUCAUCGAUCGAAGUUGCCCAUCCUUUCCCAAAAGGCUUCGAAAGAGUUCAUGUUUGUAAGACCGAAAAAGAGAUCGCAGAAGUUAUGAGCGGCUCCACACAGUACCAAGCGAAAGGCACGAAAACAAAAACUACUGACCAGACGAACGAUCCACAACAUGCUGCGGCUGUUCAAAACGGCGGCGAGACUGUUCAAAUGCCGCAAGCAGAUGAGCCAAACGGAGAGAAUAGCUGCACCCUCUACUCUACUACUUACUACAUUGGACUUGAAUUGAAACCUUUAGCACCAGGUGCUGCAAGGUCGCUUGAUAUCUCAACCGACACCCAGAUAUUUAAAAGUACCUGUACGUCUUGGCCACAAUACCAGCCUGGUAUCAAUGAUCUCCAUAUAACGCAUGUCCGAAAUUAUGACCUCCCCGAAGACGUAUUCCAGUCUGGAGAAGUGCGGCCAUCACGACCGAAGAAGAAGACCCUGAAAAAGACCGAACCAACAGCUCAAAAGAGAAGCAUCCAUGCCCUAGACAAUGAAGAGCCGUCCGAAAACCCUGCGAAACGGCAUGCUGCAUCAAAUGGCAUACCUUCUGCCGCUACACCGGCAUAA